CGACCACCACCGUUAAUUUUUUAUUUAUUUUUUCUACAGUGUGUGUGUUUGACCCAUUUUGAUUCAGUUCAAGAUUUUGUAAGUUAUGUGCUCAUGCUAAGGUUGAUUUUUCAUCUGGGUAUUCGUUACAUUUGAUACUGAAGGUUUGAUUUUUAGGGAAAAAAUGGGGUCAAUGAUUUGCAUGAAUGAGUUAUGUCGUGCAACGACGUCGGUUGAGUGGAAGAAAGGAUGGGGAUUCAAAUCCGGUGGAUUUGCUAAGCUUUGCUACAACUGCGGAUCUGCUUUUGAGAAUUUAGUUUUCUGUGAAACAUUCCACCCGGAUGAAUCUGGUUGGAGGGAAUGCAGAACUUGUAGAAAGCCUAUACACUGUGGGUGCAUUGCCUCAAAAUAUUUGUAUGAGUACUUGGAUUACGGAGGUGUUACAUGUAUAAAAUGUGCACGUCAUUUGGAUGGUCAUUCCAUCAGGCCAAUACAGAUACCUGGUGAUGAUUUUCCUAAUGGCACCUUGGGAUCUAAGAGUGCACAGCCACUGGGCGUUGAGAAUAAAAUAGAUGAGAAUGACUUUGAACGAAGAAGGCUUAUGCAGACCAAUGAGCCUGGUCAACUCUUUCAAACGCAGAGGAAUGACAAGAAACAAGAUACAAUGCUUCCUAUUGGUAAUGUUGGCACAUGCUUUUCGAAUUUGAAUCAGCAGAACAUUGGAGCUUCUCUCUUUGGCAAACCCGAUAAUGAGAGACCAAGUCAAGGUGUUAAAGAUAUGUAUGAAUCGAUCAAUCAGCCGUCUCUAAAUUUCUGUUUAAGUACUCCAAUUGGUACUUCAAGUUCAGGACAGCCUUUUCUUGGUGGAGAUGUUGAAGGAAGGGAACAAAGCAAAACUUCUCCCUUCCAACAGGGCCAAAGGGCACGCCAUAUAUUGCCCAAGCCCCCCAAACCUAGCCCCACCUCAGGUUCUGAAUCAGUCAAAGGAAUGGCUUCACAAGCACGGAUUGCAAGGCCACCUGCUGAAGGGCGUGGUGGACGCAGUCAGUUACUGCCUCGAUACUGGCCUCGGAUUACAGACCAGGAGUUGGAGAAAUUAGCUGGAGACUUAAAGUCUACUAUUGUACCACUGUUUGAGAAGGUCCUAAGUGCCAGUGAUGCUGGACGAAUAGGCCGUCUGGUUCUUCCCAAAGCAUGUGCUGAAGCAUACUUCCCUCCAAUUAACCAAUCAGAGGGUCUACCUAUAAGGAUUCAGGAUAUUAAGGGUAAAGAGUGGACAUUUCAAUUCCGAUUUUGGCCCAAUAACAACAGCCGGAUGUAUGUUUUGGAGGGUGUUACCCCUUGUAUACAGAAUAUGCAAUUGCAAGCUGGUGAUACUGUGAUCUUCAGUCGAAUAGAUCCUGGAGGAAAGCUUGUUAUGGGAUUUCGGAAGGCAACAAACAAUGUUGACAUGCAGGAUCCUCAAACGCCUAACCUUCCCAGUGGCAAUGGCUCUGGAGAAACUUCAUUUUCUGGCAUGGCUGAUAACCUUCCGAAUGGAGGCAGGACAAGUGAUGAUACUGUUAACCGGCAAGUGCCGAUGUCAGAGAAGAAAAAGGCAAGAAACAUUGGGUCCAAAAAUAAGAGGCUUCUUAUGCAUGCUGAUGAUGCUAUGGAACUUAGAAUCACUUGGGAAGAAAUACAAGAAUUGCUACGGCCAUCUCCAACUGCCAAGCCUAACAUUGUUGUGGUUGAGGACUGUGAAUUUGAGGAAUAUGAAGAAGCACCAGUCUUUGGAAAGAGGACAAUAUUUACUGCCCGAUCUUCUGGGGAUCAGGAGCAAUGGGCUCAAUGUGACAGCUGUGCUAAAUGGCGUAGAUUGCCUUUUCACGUUCUCCUUCCUGCAAAGUGGACUUGUUCUGACAAUAUUUGGGACUCAAGAAGAUGCUCUUGUGCUAUUCCUGAUGAUAUUAGUCCGAGGGAACUGGAAGCUCUCCUUAGAGUUGGCAAGGACCCUAAGAGGCGAAAACUUGUAGAAAACAAUGAAGAUUUAGAGUCUUCUGGCCUAGAUGCCUUGGCAACAGUUGCUGCUAGCGACAUGGGAGAUAGCAUUGGCGACAUGGGAGAGCCUUCAGUUGGAGCCACAACAAAACAUCCUCGGCAUCGCCCUGGUUGCAGUUGCAUUGUGUGCAUUCAGCCUCCAAGUGGGAAGGGCAAGCACCAUCCCACGUGUAAGUGCAAUGUCUGUUUGACUGUGAAACGUCGUUUUAAAACACUCAUGUUGCGUAAGAAGAAAAAGCAAUCAGAAAGAGAAGCAGAACUUGCACAGGCAAAAGAUCAGGUCCCUCCUAAAGAUGAACCAGAAACAGAUGGGAUGACGAGUGGAAUAGAGUUGCUUCAAAUGAAUCAUUCCGAGAACGAACACAUGAAUCACUCUGACAAUGAGAGGAAUUCAAACGGGGAUCAAGUGGAGGAGUUCGGACCUGGGAAGGGACAGUUGGACCUGAACUGCCAUCCGAACCGUGAUGAUGACAUGCUAGCUGAGGCCACUGCUGGAAUGAGCAUGACCUCCCUUGUUAAUGCUACCAACCUUCCCCUGGAGUAUCUAACGCAGAACAGGCUCGAGAGCUUGGGCAACUCUUUACUGUCACAAGCUGCCAGUGAGAGUGAAGGGCACCAUCCUGAUAACGGAUUCGUGAAAACUGCAGAUGUUGAACCAGGGGGUAAAGGUGCCGAAGCGUAAAUUAAGUCCCUACCUUUGGUUUGGUAAUUUCUUUUGUGUUUUUUCCAGUUAUAUGAGCCUUUUGUUAAGAUAUAUAGUGUUGUUCACAACCUCAUUGUUGAGGUGUUAUACAUACUCACAGUUGAAGGAGUCUGUUGUGUCUUAAAUUCCUUCACUUUUUGUGGGUUCUCAUACAUACCUUCUGCUGGAAAAUGUACUUUGUUCUUUUACCUAAUGUGUACUACUGUACUCUAUCAAGGAAAAACUACCAAAGUUCA